UCUCUGGACGCCACAUGCGCAACAAGUCCGAGGGCGCACAGUCUGCAGCGGCGGCAGCGGCUGGGAUCCCGGCGCGCUGCGGCUCGGAGCGGAAAAAGGACUUGACGCGGACCACGAGGAGGAAUUUUGAUUGGCUGAUUCAUCUUCAUUCUGGUUUGCGCUGAAGGACGCACAGCCGCCAAGUUUAUCGCAACUUUUGGACGUGCGUCACUGGAAGUUUUCGUUAGACCUUCAGGCAUAACGAAAACGCUUUGGAGUUCUUUUAAGAGCAUGAAAAGUUUACAGAAGCGGGAUUAUAUUUCUGGUUUCCCGGACAGAAGAAGUUCGGCAGAGGAUUUCAAGCUCUUUGUGACUCAGCAGGUGACCGACGCGGUGUGACGCUGUCUCGGCGUUUACUCCACUUUUACUGAACGCGAUGUGAGAUGGUCCCGACUUGUCACAGAGGCUGGGAUGACAUAACUUGAAGAGAAAAAGGUUCCCCCUUUAAAAGCAGCGUUAAGCCACGAUGAGAGCGCUAGGUUUCCUCUGCCUAACAGCCCUGCUGUGGGAGACGAGCCAGAGCAGCAGAAACUGUCCGGACCUGAUCGUUGACAGCUGUCAUUGCUCGGCUGAGAGGUCCAAGGAGCUGAGCAGGCAUCACGUCCGAGUCAAAGUGCUGUGUGAUGAUGUGGACCUGAUGGACACCCUGCCGCCCAGCUUCCUCCCAAACAGAACGGUUUCCCUAAACCUGAGUAACAACAAGAUCUCGCUGCUGAGAAACGGCUCCUUCUAUGGCUUGGCCGCCCUGGAAAAGCUGUACCUGAAGAAUAACCUGAUAAGUACAGUGGAGCCUGGGGCUUUCCGUGGUCUUUUGGCCUUGAGGAAACUGGAUCUGUCCGACAACAGAAUUGGCUGCCUCUCACCUGAGAUGUUUCUUGAUCUGGGCAGACUCUUAAAAUUAAAUUUAUCUGGAAACAUUUUCUCCACACUCCCGACGGGACUGUUCACACACCUCCUGGAUCUAAGAGUACUGAACUUUGGCACCGAGACCUUGUUUUGUGACUGCCAGCUGAAGUGGUUGCUCGUUUGGGCUCAGCAGAACUCAGUGAGGGUUGAUAAUGACACGGUCUGUGUUUUCCCAACCCACCUCCAUGGCCUGGAGCUGCGCAGCCUGCGAGAACAGCAGCUCAAAUGUGAUGGUCCUUUGGAGAUGCCUCUUUUCCAGCUCAUCCCUUCCCAGAGGCAACUUGUUUUCCGUGGUGACCAGCUUCCUCUCCAGUGCACCGCGUCUUACCUCGACCAGUCGGUGGAGCUAUGGUGGCGUCACAACGGCCACGGCGUGAUCACACAGGAGGACAUGGGCAUCUAUGUGGAGAAGACUCUACUUCAUGACUGCUGCUUGCUUACCAGUGAGGUUAUCCUUUCCAACAUCGAUGUGGCUCUCGCCGGCAACUGGGAGUGUUUGGUGACCAGUUCCAGAGGAAACACAUCUCAGCACAUGGAAAUAGUUGUGGUGGAGACUUCUGCCCCGUACUGCCCUACAGACAGAGUCUCCAACAACAAGGGGGAUUUCAGAUGGCCGAAGACUCUGGCCGGGAUUCUGGCUUUCCUGCCGUGCGCUCCUGCAACCUUUGGAUCUGCCCCCAGUCUGGCUGGCAGCGCUUCCCACCGCUCUGGCCAACGGGAGAAGAAAGCAUGGCGACGAUGCGAUCGGGGUGGGCGGUGGGCUGAAGAGGACUACACUCAAUGCCCGUAUGCCAGUGAACUGACCCGCAUACUGCAUCAGCUCACUCAGAUACCGAUUAAUAUCAGCAAUUCCCAGCCUCUGGGUCAGCAGUUAGUGGCUUUUACCAGCAGGGCUGCUGACUUUACAGAUGUUAUGGACGUCAUCUUUGUCACUCACCUUGUGGAAAGACUAACAAGACUGCUGGAGAAAAAAAAAGAUCUGGGAGACUACAUCUCAGGCAUUGCCAGUAACAUGAUGCUGGUGGAGGAGCAUAUCCUGUGGAUGGCGCAGAACGAGGCCAGAGCGUGCACGCGGAUCGUCCAGUGUGUGGAGCGUAUUGCCGACUUGGCGCUGACAGAAGACAAUCGAGUCAUUUCUAAGGUAUCUGCUAACAUAGCUCUGGAGGCUUUUCUGAUCAAGCCGUCAAACUUUCUUGGUUUAUCCUGCACGGCGCUCGAGCAGACCCCCACGUCCACCAGCCUGCCCGUCCCACACAGCCACUCCUACCGCAACAAGGACAAACACGGAGAGCAGGAGGCCGCAGGAGAGUCGUUGCUCAGUUUCAAAUGCCACACUGUCAACAACAGUGGCUCGCCAGCCAGUCAACUCAGCAAGAACUCCGUGGCUGUCGCCUCGAUCCAUUUACCGCUGGCUGGUCCGCCUGCCUCCUCCUCUGCGUUGCAAUCUGUUGAUAACUCCACUUGCAGGCUGCAGUUCGUUCUGUUUCGCAAUGGGAAACUCUUUCCCUGCACGGGGAAUUCGUCAAACCUCGCAGACGAUGGGAAGCGCAGGAGCGUCUCGACACCAGUUGCUUUUGCCAAAUUAGAUGGCUGCAGCCGCGGCAGCUCUGUGCACUCCGUCGCCGUCGCUCUCAGGCACUUCGCGCUGGGUGUAGACCCCACCGCAGCCUACUGGGAUUUUGACCUGCUCGAUGGACACGGUGGCUGGAGGGCAGAGGGCUGCCACAUAACCGCCUCCGGGGGCAAUACGACCACUAUUCACUGCAGCCAUCACAAGAACUUUGCCGUGCUAAUGGAUUUGAAGAAGGUGCUUUCUUUCCCCCCCUACCCUGGGGAGUUUUUGCACCCGGUCGUGUAUGCCUGCACGGCGGUCAUGUUGCUCUGCCUCUUCGCCUCCAUCAUCACGUACAUAGUGCACCACAGCGCUAUCCGCAUCAGCAGGAAGGGAUGGCACAUGCUUCUCAACUUCUGUUUCCAUACAGCGCUGACCUUCGCCGUGUUUGCCGGUGGCAUCAAUCGAAUCAAAUACCCCAUCAUCUGUCAAGCAGUCGGGUUCGUGCUGCACUACUCGUCUCUGUCGACAAUGCUGUGGCUCGGGGUGACAGCCAGGAACAUUUAUAAGCAGGUGACCAAGAAGUCUCCACAGAGUCAAGACGGUGACCCACCUCCACCCCCUAAACAGCCCCUGUUGAGAUUUUAUUUAGUCAGUGGUGGAGUGCCUCUCAUCAUCUGUGGCGUCACAGCAGCUGUUAAUAUAGACAUCUAUGGAAGCGGGGAGCAAGCACCAUACUGCUGGAUGGCAUGGGAGCCCAGCCUGGGAGCUUUCUUUGGCCCCGUGGCCUUCAUUGUGCUGGUGACAUGCAUCUACUUCCUAUGCACCUUCCUUCAGCUCCGGCGACAUCCCGAGAAGAAGUACGAGCUCAAGCAACUGACAGAGGAGCAUCAGAGGCUGGCCGCCGCUGACGUGCCGACUCACUGUCAUCAGGGAGCCGAGCCCGGAGCGCUGGCGGCCCCGUCUGGUGGGAGCAACUGCCCCGCUGGCUGCCCCGGCAUCCCCAUCAACCCUGCACUGCUGGCCAAUGAACACUCUUUCAAAGCUCAGCUACGAACUGCGGCCUUCACCCUAUUCCUCUUCCUAGCCACAUGGACCUUUGGUGCAUUGGCUGUGUCACAGGGACACUUCCUAGACAUGAUCUUCAGCUGCCUUUACGGUGCCUUCUCAGUCACCCUUGGCCUCUUCAUCCUCAUCCAUCACUGUGCCAAGCGUGACGACGUCUGGCACUGCUGGUGUUCUUGCUGUCCCGGAAGACGUGCCAACGCCUGCUCUGGUGCGCAGGGGUCUGCUCAGGCGCGGCCCAAAGUGAACGUGAACGGAGACACCCCAGGGCACGGUCACAGCCACUGCCACCACGACUCGCCGUGUCAGGCUAAAGCGCUGCUGAGCUGCAGUCACAGCGGGGUGGGUCACUGUAAACACGCCGCUCUUCCGUCCUCGCAAAAUCAUAUUACAUGUCUGGCGCCAGUGACUCCAUGCUGCGCCGCCCUGCAUAGCCAGCAGCUGAUGGAGGAGGAGCCCACGGCUACUCACGUGCUGCUGCACUCUGAACCAGGGAUCCAGCUGCACCCCUGCCUCAAAAGCAGCACCAGGACUAAAAGUCGUCAGUUUGGACGCAAAGCCGGGGCGUCUGCCUGCGCAGCGGGGAGCGACAGGGAGUACGCCUAUCAUAUCCCCUCUAGUGCCGACGGAGGCAGCAUGCACAGCUCACACACUGACAGCCCCCACAGCACACGUGAGCGGCACGCCCACAUCUGUCCGCACCUGGCCCACGAAGGCCACCACGACGGGCAUCAUACAUGCCAUGCUACUGCAGCCACCCUGCAUGAGUCUCUAGCGUGCCAUAACCCGUGCCACAGGCAUAUCUGCUGUUCCAAGGCAGACCUUUUCCCUUCUCUGUGUCCGGCAGAAUCGGGAGACACAGGCGUCUUCCUGUGUGGCUGCAGCAAAGUAGCCGAGGAGGAACCCGUGGUAACACAUCACCAUCUGGAGAUGCAUGCUCCGCGCAGACAAUCAUGCCCCCAGAAUCCGCCCAGUCAGAAUGGGAUUUUAAAGGGAGGCAUGCAUGAAGGACUUCUAUACACCUCAGACAGCACAGGGAAUAUACGCACCGGCCCCUGGAAGAAUGAAACUACUGUGUAGUGCAGGAACAUAAUACAUUACAGGCGGCAGUCCCGCCUCAUCCUGCCAAAAUGAAUUUCGCCUCCCUUUCUAGAUGAAGAAAAAAGUGAAAUAACAUUUUAAACAUCACAAUCAACGUGAGGAUUUUUUUAUUUCAAUAUCCACAUGUUUAUAUGUGUGCUGUUUUCUUGUACAGAAAUCUUGUCAUGCAAACGCCUUCAGAGGUACAUUCAUAGACCGAGGAGAAUCACUUUCAACACUAACAGUUUGUGAAAUGUGUCUCACAUUAUACCAUCAGAUUUACCUGAAGGUAUUCUCACUGUUCCAUAUUACUGCAGAUCUAUCUCUAUAUAUAUAUUCAAAAAAAAUGAAUGGUUGUAUGUGUGACUAUGUGUGUUAGUGCUCAAAGGCAACAAGCUGCAAGAUGUUUUUACCCUGAAUCUGAAACUACCAAUAGUCUACUUUGACGGUGAAUCUCCAGUACGUUGGCAUUCAUGUUCUAGACGACUAAACCAGCAAUUUUAGACUUCAUAUGGGUAUUUUUGCCAUCACAACUGUGAAUACCUACUAGAGAUUUUCUAAAUAAUAAACAAAGAUACCUUUGCUUGGCAGAGAUGUGUGGGUGCCAGUUUAGUUGUAGAUAAAUCACAGCAGAAAAAGCGAAGUAAAAACUAUGCGUGCUCCUAUCCAGGUUUCUAUUGAUCGUGAUGUCCAUAUGAUGUCUUCACCUUAGUGUUUCCCUCUGCCUGAAAAGAAAUAAAAUCGACGGCACAUCAGGAGGAAUGGCGAUGUCACUGUGGAUGGUGAGCUGAUGUCAGUGAGUUAUUGGAUUCAGUCCUUUUACUCAAAGUCAGGUCAUGGCAGUGUUUUAUCAGUCGGAUUUUUAUUCGUUUCAUCUCAGUUUGCACAUUUUCCUCCUGCCGAUAUGAAAGCUGCUUGUAAAAACAGACAUUAACAGCUACAAAGUGUUUGAAUGUAAUCAUUGGAAUCAAAUAACAAGCUGCUAAAGGGCCCACUUUGGGAAGCCUGCACAGGAGUGAUCCUUAUUUUUCUUUCAUACAAAAAUGUGAUAAAUGACUCAUCCUCACCCCACAAUAGGGCAAAGCAAAAUAACAAGAGCUGUCUAAAGUACGAAAUAAAACUCCUUUUUUUAUUUUUUUUUUCGUAUGUGUUGAACAAUAGCUCCACAUUGUGCAAAUGCUGUUAAUUACUUUAAUCCCGUGCAACUAUUGCUGCUGGUCUUAAGUCUUUUUUUGUCACAAAUGUCUGCUUUACAUUCCACAGGUAAUCUGCAUUUAGCCAGACUUUAAACAUCUGCAGCUCUGGUCAGAAAUUUAUAUGCAUUUAUCACUGGCAGAAAUAUACUGCUAGUAGUUUUUGUAGUUUUCUUCUUCUCAGGCUUGAGUGUUUAUACAACAAUGAAACAACUUUAAGGAUUUCAACAACAAUUAGAUGCACAAGACUGAAUUAGAUGUGGAUUUUUUUCUAAUCUCUUAUGGUCAGAGUUAUAUAUACGCACCGGCCCCUGGAUAUAUAUGUAUAUAUACUAUAUCAGCUCAAAUAUAAAUAUACUGGCCCACUAAUAUUUGGUUGAAAAUCCCUUAGGAGUUUACAGUUUGAUCAUCACUCCUAGCAUAAUGCUAAUGGUACAAUGGAUCUUCCUAUCAGAAGAAAUUCAUUAAAUUAUUACCUGGCACAUUAUCUUAAGAAUAGUCACUAAACUUUCAUUGGAUUUAGGUAAGAAUCAUUGCAGAAGCUUGACAUUGUCAUUGUAUAUUGGUUUUAAAACCAGUUUAGAUGUUUUUGGCAAAUCUUUAUGCUGUUUUAGCUCCCACAUUUGUUAGUCUCAACUGUCUGGUUGUUCAUCUGACAAAAGUUCAAUUUGAAGAUAGUUCUGAACUCAAUCAAUCCUUAAUGGUACCACCAUAUCUGAGAGUUGUUACAGUCUUCCAGUUUUACAAGCCUCACCUUGUCUCUUAAUUUUGGUUUCACUGUUGAGAUUUCCUCUGGGGUUCCAGCAGCUUUCCAUUUUUGGCAGACUUAAAUCUUGUUGGUUUGGUUGGAUGGCAUACUUGGACACAUUUAGGUGUCCCAGUUUGUUUCUAUUUAUGCCUGAGUUCACUGUCCUGCUGGUUUUUUGAGUCCCCCCCAAAAAAAGCACAGUAAUAGAGCAGCCAAACCCCUCCUAACGCUGAGAGGAGACAUGAUUGAGGACAAUAACCCAUCAAGUCAAGAAUUGCUUGGUGGAGUCAAUGCGAAGCUUUUGAACCUAAGAACACAGCGAUAUUCAUCACUUGAAAUUUGAAUAUAAUGGAUGUUCCAGCAAGACAAAGAUCCAAAAUACGCAGCAGCUCCUUUAACAAAGCAAAAGCAGGAUUAAGUCUCAUUGUGUCUUACAAAAGAAAAAAUCAAAGUGACGUGUAAUAAUCUAUUUUAACCCCGCAGAGCUCCACUCCAUGCCUUUUGGGUACUGCAAUGAUGACUUGAAUUUUCUAAACGUUGCUUGUGCAGGAUAUCAUCUACUUGAUUUGUGGUUUUUGAAUGAAGAGAGACAGCUCAAUCAAUCAAUCUCUAGCAAGAUUUAAAGAGGCUAUAAACACUUUGGAAACGAUGAAACAGAUUAACAUUAAUUUACUAGAACUGCCUCUAAAAACUGUAAACUUCUAUCCUUAUGCGGUUUGAUUGAAAGCCAGGUCAGUGCCAGGAAAUCAAACCUUUUAAAUGAGCCUCACCAAUUCUGCCAAGAGGAGUGAAUAUCCUGCCAAAAGAUUGCUAACAUCUCCAAAAUGUGUUUCGUGAUUGGACGAAAGAAUUUAGCCAAAGAUUAGUGGGGGUGUAUGUAUAUAUUUGAGCUUUUAGGUUUAAUUUUGACCAUAUUUGGAGAGAAAAAACACAAAUCAAACCUGCGCACCCUGGUCUUGUUGUUUGUCCUACAAUGUAAAAAGGAACAGUUCAAAUAAAUCAUUAUAAAACCAAUUUUAAUAUGACAUUCAUGCCUCACAAUUACCACACUUAAACUUCUGACCUAAACUGUAUCUCUUCUAAUCUAGAUGAGUAAAACAACCCCAACAUCUUUCACAUAUUAACUUUUGACAGGGCAGGCCAAGGCUGAAGUACGGAUCUUUCUUUUGCUACCAAGAAGGUCACAUUCUCUUUGAAGAAUUGCUACUCUAAAGAGAAGGCAAAGGUGUCUCAGCAUUGAUUCAGCAGCAGUUGUUUGUCAUAUAAAUGAUGACGCUUCAGACAAAACUAGUGACACAUUGAGGCAAAAGACUAAAAAUAAAAAUGUUUCUAAGCAGCAAACCCCAUCAGCAUGCACACUAUCUCUGAAUCCCUCCGUGUGCUCUUGUGUCCUUGUAUAUAGAAUUGGUUUCUGAUGAAUUAUUUUAUAUGAGAUUAAAGAUGUUUAAGAAUAAAGUCUAUAUGUAAAGAAAGUUGGGAAAAAAAAUAAUGACCUCUCAAUGUUAAUGCUCAGUAUCUGAGUUUGGAUAUGUCCUAUUUGUUUUCAGAUGGCCUUUAUCUGUUCAUAAAGUAUGCAGACCAGCUACGUGUUGUGAGACUUUCAUAUCAGAAACAGACAUGCACGACACAUGACAUUCAACCCAUCAGAAAAUAAACUGCUCCUUUACACUAUAAAUCAGAAUGCAAUUGAAAAGUUAAUUUAUUAAUUCAGUUUAGGUCUUCUAAUUUUAUGGUUAUUGAUUAAUGUCAAUGAAAACCUGAAACGUAGAUUAUUAGAAAGUUAGAUUAAGUAAGACCAAUAAAAAGGGAUUUUUAAUUAGGGCCUUCAUACAAUCGGACAAUUUUAAGGCUGCUGACUGGGAAUUUGUCAAUCAGAAAGUAAUUGACAAUUUCUAAAACGUGUUGAAGGCACAAAAAGAAUGGAAAAAUUGAGCGGAAGAAAAAAUUGUGGUAGAAAAAUAGAAAGAUAACCACUGCCUUGAGAGGAUUAUUGACCAGAGCAUGUUCAAGAAUUGGGUUGAGAUUCACAACUGGACCAAAGAUGCUGCUUCUAGAGCUAUCGCAACAGAAAAAUUAAAGCAGAGAUAAGAAAUGUCUUACCUGAGCUUAGGAGAAAAAGAACUUAACUGAUGCUUAAUGAGUUAAAAUUCUUGUAAAUUUUCCAUUUAAGUUGGAAAUUCAGCUUCUAGAGUCUGGAUGACGAGUGGAGAGGUACAGAUGAGGUUUCUGUAGUCAGUCAUGCUUUGGGGAGCCAUGUCGCCUGCAGGUGGCGAUCUAAAAGGAAAUAUUAGAGCACUUGAUGCAUCCUUCUGCGGACGAGCCUUAUUGAGAUGCUGAUGUCAUUUUCCAGCAGGACUUGGCACUUGCCCACACUUCCAACAGUACCAGUGCUUGCUUUAAUGACCGUAGUAUCACUGUGCCCGAUCGGCCUGCACAGUGGCCUGAACUGAACCCUGUAGAGGAUUUAUGGUGGAUUGUCGAGAGGAAGAUCAGAGACACUGCAGCCCAAAAUGCAGAUGAGCUGAAGUCUGCUUCUAAAGCAACCUGGGCUUCCUGAACUCCUCUGCAGAGCUGCGUGUUUGUUACCUUCAUCACACUGCACUGACGCAGUAACUCCUGCAAAAUGAGCCCCAGACAAUUAGUAAGAGCAAAUAUUGUACAGUAUCUGGAUUGUUUUUCAGAGGGCUGUUAUUUCUGUUUUAAAAAUCCCAUUUUUGCAUUUAGUGACUUUCCUAUUUUGUAAGAAACAAACGUUUUGGUUUUCAUUAGCGCUAAGCUUUAACCAUCGAAAUUAUUAGAAAUAAACACUUGAAGAACAUCACUCAGUGUGGAAUGAAUAAAUUAACAUUUUAAUGAUACUCUCAUUCAUUAAGAGUCACCUGUACAACAACAGAAAUGUGUUAAAUAAAUUUUAAAAACAGGCUUCUAGAGACUCUGGAGAUUUGUAAUUGUAACUAAAAUCAAACCUCUGCUGCAAAAUGAAAAUUGAGAGAACGCCGGUGUAGGUCAGCUUCCCAGUACAUCUUGUGUAUUUGCUGGUGGUGUGUUUUCGGAGCAGCCCGAGCUUUUUUGAGAUGAUGUGUUUAUCACAGGCUGCCGAAGGCCGCCUCCUCUGAAGUCAUCGUUAGCAGAUGUACUGCCCUGACCGAGCAUCAUGUUGGCUUACUAACAGCCCACUAGACAGCUGCUGGAAUACUCACCUGUGGUACUGUGACAAAAACCUGAAGCCAGUUUUCACCUUUUUUCUACACUGACACAGAUACCCAAUAAAUGUAUUUUUUCACCAUGCAACAGA